AUGGGCGAGAAUCGGGUGCUGCCGAGCGAUUCAAAGCUCGAAGGUCACAUCACUGCCGAGCCGCGGCUGAUGAAGCAGACCCAGCACCACUCGUGGAGAUCCCUGGUAGGCGGCGGCGAGGCACCAGCGCUGCUGCGGAGCGACAGCACGCGGGAGCUGGACCGCCGGUUUGAUCACUUCAAGACCUUCUCGGGCCGCCUCGACCGGCAGCUCUCCAGCCUCCGAGGUCUGCAGCAUGGCCUGCCGCCAGUUGACAUCGAGCAUGGUGCCGCGCCCAAUACCUCCGGUGAGGACACCGACGAGGAAAACAUAGUCCCUUCAGCCGAUCGCUACUUCGCCGCCCUCGAAGGCCCCGAGCUCGAGAUCCUUCGGGUAGCGGAGGUGGCAGUGCUGCCUGAGGAUGAGCAAUGGCCGUUCCUUCUCCGGUUCCCGAUUAGCGCGUUCGGGAUGUGCCUUGGCAUGAGCACCCAAGCGAUGCUGUGGAAGACACUCGAGUCGGAGCACUCAACGGCAUUCCUCCACGUGCACCCCGCCGUCAACCACGUCCUCUGGUGGGCCUCUGUCGCCCUCACCGCGAUCGUCUCCAUCACCUACCUCCUCAAAGUUAUCUUCUACUUCGAGGCCGUUCGCCGGGAGUUCCACCACCCAGUGCGUGUCAACUUCUUCUUUGCGCCUUGGAUCGCUUGCCUCUUUCUCGUCAAGGGCGUGCCGCACCCGGUGUGGGAGAUCCACCACAUCGUGUGGUACCUCCUCAUGGCUCCCAUCCUCUGCCUCGACAUUAAGAUCUAUGGCCAGUGGAUGUCCAGCGGCGAGCGCCGACUCUCCAAGAUGGCUAACCCGUCCAACCACCUUGCUAUCGUCGGCAACUUUGUCGGCGCGCUUCUCGGCUCCAGGAUGGGCCUCCGAGAGCUGCCCAUUUUCUUCUUCGCCAUCGGCCUAGCGCACUAUGUUGUACUCUUCGUAACCCUCUACCAAAGGCUCCCCACAAACGUGCAACUACCCAAAGAGCUCCACCCGGUAUUUUUCUUCUUUAUCGCCGCGCCUAGCGUCGCCUCGAUGGCCUGGGCGAGCAUCUCCGGCGAGUUCAACGAUGGAGCCAAGCUCCUUUAUUUCAUCUCGCUCUUCCUCUACAUGUCGUUGGUGGUGCGCGUCAACCUCUUUCGGGGGUUCAGGUUCUCAUUGUCGUGGUGGGCCUACACGUUCCCGAUCACGAGCGUGGCCGUGGCAACAGUGUUGUAUGCGUCGGAGGUGGACAAUGUGCUAAUGCGGGCACUAGCGGUCGGGUUGUCAGGGAUUGCCGUUGUCACGAUCACCGGUGUAUUGGCCACUACCGUGUACCAUGCCUUCGUGCGCAAAGACCUCUUCCCUAAUGAUGUUUCCAUCGCCAUCAUGCGGCGCAGGCCCAAAAUCAGCAAGAUCUUCGCGCAUCUCCGCUCUUCUAGCUCGGACAUCAAGAAGCUCAACCUCUCCAUCCCUAGUUCAAAUUCCAAUUCCAAGAACGACACGUACUCCAGUGACUCAUGUUCCAACUCCAGGAUAAGCAACAACAGCGACGAGUCUCCGGUGUCACAAGGGCAUGUAUGA